ACCCUCCCCCCAUCCCACCGUGAUGCGCUUUUCUUUACUCAUUUGCCCUACUCGCCACUCAGCGCGGGCCUUCGGUUUCCCGCGCCCAGCUCCGCAGCCACGUGCCAGCCUCCGUAGGGUUGGAGUCGUGACUCGGCGGCUCGUCUCAGGGUGGGGGAGGGGGAAGGCCUCUGGUUGCCUCGGCGACCAGGGGCAAAGAGAGAGGUGAAGAGGGAGGACGUGAGUGGAGGCGAAUACAGAGAAUGGGCGCUGCCUUCCUCUGUGGAUCGGAGCGGUGGCCGUCCGACUCCGAGCUGGAAGAGAACUGCCGAGAGUCGGCCAGCCCAACUCUCUCAUUUUUACAGAUAAGGAAACUGAGACUAGGGGAGGAAGCGGCCUCUCCCUGUCCUGCGUGGACCGGGUGCGUGAGUGAGCCCGCCAGGGCAUCGGCCGUCACGGUCACGGUCACCGACAGCUCCCGCAGCCCCCCUUCGCAGGCCUUGAUGGAGCAGCUGGAGAAGGAGGCCAUGCUGAGCGAGCGGAGAUACGAAGGCUCCUUCACGUCCACCCUGAAGACCCUGCUGGUUUUCUCGGCUUUAAUGAUCACCUUGCCCAUCGGAUUGUACUUCUCUUCCAAAUCCUACGUGUUUGAAGGUACUUUGGGGAUGUCGAACAGAGACAGCUAUUUCUACGCCGCCAUCGUUGCUGUCAUUGCGGUCCACCUGGUCCUCGCGCUAUUUGUCUACUUUGCGUGGAAUGAAGGCUCACGCCAGUGGCGGGAAGGCAAACAAGACUGAAGACAACACCCCCUUUUGAUAAUGGAUGGAAUAAGGAAACAGGUGCAGAGUACGUUUAUGAUUGCAGGAAAUUGCUUAGAGCUCUGCGUGUAGGCAGCCAUGCUCCAUACAGUAAGGUAGUUUGCGAAAUCAAUGUCAUUUCACUCCUCAUUUCAAAAGAAAAAGUUAGAACGUCAACUAGCUGGAAUUGAUAAGCAAAGAAUUCCACCUUUUCACAAGGAAAAUAUAUUUUGCAGCGUUUUGUUGUAUUAAAUGCACGGUUGUCCAUGACACAGGCAAGUUUUAUCAAGCAUAUUAAACUGCAUUUUACACUGGAAAUGAGUAAAAACUGUUUAGGCCGUUAGAUUGUCUUUUUGUUUUCUUUUCAUGUAGAUAAGUGCUUAGGUUUUAGCCACUGAAAUGAAUCUUUUACAAUGAAAAUAUAUUUCGCAAUGUUUUGUUGUAUUAUGUACAAAAUUGGGACACAUUCAGGUAUUAACUAGCAACUUAAACUGCACUUUACCCUGGAAAUGAGUAAAAACUGCUCAGGUCAUUAGAUUUUCUUUGUAUUCCUUUCAUGUAGAUAAGUGCUCAGGUUUUAGACACUAAAAUCCCUCCCUGAAAAGUUGCACAUUAAGGUUUAUUCAAUAGUAUGCAUUUUUCUGUACAUGAUUUUGGGUGAAAGCUGGAAUAAAUAACAUCCAUUCAUAUUGAA